AUGCUGCCUACAAGCUCACCUCCCCCGGGGCACAGCAGCAAGCAGCGGCGCCACAGCCGCUACUCGCUGCUGUGGCUCUACUUUAGGCGGCUAUUCAAGCCCACGCAGAUGGACUUCCAGUACACGCUCUGGACGAUGCUGCAGCUGUGCAUCUCGCCCAAGACAGCGUACCGGCACACCUCGUACCACAAGCAGACCAAGAACCACUGGGCCCGUGACGACCCCGCCUUUGUGGUCAUCUGCUGCACCCUGGUGGCCCUCGCCGCGCUGGCCUACUGCUUAGCUUUCAGCCACAGCGUGGGCCGCUCGCUGCUCACCAUUGUGUCUGCCGUGGCGGUCGACUUUUUGGCGGUGGGCGCCGCGAUAGCCACGGCGGGCUGGGCGCUGUCCAACCGCUUCCUGCGCCGCCAGAACCAGCACAGCCACGCGGUGGAGCAGUCGGUGGAGUGGAUGUAUGCAUUUGACGUGCACUGCAACGCUUUCUUCCCCAUGUUCCUGCUGCUCUACGUGCUCCAGCUGGUGCUGUGCCCUGUGCUGCUCAUGCACACUUUUGUGGCCACAGUGCUGUCAGCAGUCCUGUACGCUGUCGGCUCUGCCUUCUACGUCUACAUCACCUUCCUGGGCUACUCGGCGCUGCCCUUCUUGGAACGCACAGAGGUUUUCCUGUAUCCCAUUGCCGGCAUCGUGGUGGCGCUGCCGCUGGCCCUCCUGCUGGGCAUCAACCCCACCAAGCUGGUGCUCAAGUGGUACUUUGACUACCAGCCUUGA